AUGACAGUCCAACCCUCAAUCCACGAGCCCGCAACUGCUGACGGCUGGCAUGGCGUCAUCCCGAGUGAUGAAUUCCCUGCCGAGAAAGGCCGUUACCACCUUUAUAUCGGCCUUUUUUGUCCCUUCGCCCAUCGCGUAAAUUUUGUCCGCCACCUAAAGGGCUUGACCGAAUUUAUUGACAUCAGUAUCGUCAAGCCAUACCCCAAGGGUGACGCAAAAGGUUGGCCGGGAUGGCAGUUCCCGGCCCCUGGUGAUGAGUAUCCUGGAGCGACAGUUGAUCACCUGUUUGGUGAAGACUAUCUGCACAAAGUCUAUUUCCGAGUCGAUCCAGACUACAAGGGACGGUACUCGGUACCGUUGCUGUGGGAUAAGAAGACGGGAACAGCAGAAAGCGCUGAAAUUCUUCGAUGGCUCCCCACGGCGUUCAAUGAGCUACUCCCACCAUCGCUCGCCACAAUUGACCUCUAUCCGAUACAUCUGCGAGAUAAAAUCGACGCAGUCACCCCAUGGAUGCAAUCUGAUGUCAAUGCUGGAGUAUAUAAAGCAGGCUUUGCCUCCUCGCAGGAGGAUUAUGACAAAAACGUCAUUCCUGUAUUUGGGGCCUUGAACAAACUCGAGAAGAUGAUUGCAAGUAAUGGAGGCCCAUUUGUUCUCGGUCGGGAUUUAACCGAGCUGGAUAUCCGGUUGUAUGCAACAUUGAUUCGUUUUGACACGGUGUAUGUGCAACAUUUCAAGUGCAACCUAGGCACCAUCCGACAUGAUUAUCCAGUUUUGAAUAACUGGCUCAAGGGCAUGUAUUGGAAUGUUAACGCAGCGAGGGAGUCAACAGAUUUUCUACAUAUCAAAGAAAACUAUACCAAAAGUCAUUGGGAUAUCAAUCCGAAAGCAAUCACACCUAUGGGUCCUUUCCCUGAUGUCGAGGAGGGGUUUGAAGAGGAUUGGAGUAAGUUGACUGUCGGCGGGAUCAAGCAUCCCGCUGUGUUGGACCAUGAAAUUACCAUUCCUGAUCUCUAA